GAGAGGCACGGAAAGGCUAAGCAAGGAUUUUAGAGUACCAGUGAGUGUUUUACGGGUUGCGUGCCUAGUGGGCGGAGGUUACUAGCAUUGAACGUUGCGGGUAAGAGAGUCCUGGGUUCAGCAACAUGCCGGAGGAGGUAGUGGGAGAAGUGUGGGAGUGCAGGGGAGAGAGUAAAGUCGAGGAGUGCCAUAGCCCGCUGUUCAAAUCAUGGCGCUUCUGGACCACAAUACUUGCAAUGCUGGCCACCGUGCAGCUCAUGAUGGUCCGCAUGAGCCUGUCCAUGACCCUGGUGUGCAUGGUGGAACCUCCGCCGCCGUCAUCACUUGCCUACGAAACUAACAUCACGAACAAGAUUGCUCAUCACACGUGCAGGCCUCCGCAUUCCCAGGGCACGGGGGAGGAGACGCUGGUACUGACACAGCGACGCUCACGAGACUUCACCUGGAGCAAGACACUUCAGGGACAUCUACUGUCGAGCUACUUCUACGGGUACAUCAUUGGCAUCCUCCCCGGGGGCCUGGCAGUGGACCGGUGGGGCGGGAGGCUGUUCAUGCUAGCGAGUGUGGCCACCAUUGCCGCCACUAACUUCCUCCUCCCGGCGGCUGCCUACACACACCACGCCGUCCUCUACGCCGUCAGGGUGAUGCAGGGGCUCGCUGAGGCAAUGGGACUCAAUGCACAUCAGUUCUUGCUGGCACGGUGGGGGUCACAGCGGGACCUUAGUCUGCUCACCAGCAUCAGUUACAUCGGCUUCCCCCUCGGCGUCAUGAUGGCCCAUCCACUCGUGUCCAGCCUCUGCCUGCACGGGCCCUGGGGUGGCUGGCCCUCCGUAUUCUACCUGAUGGGAACUGCAGGGGGGCUGUGGACCAUCGUUUCAGCCUUCCUGCUCCAUAACAGCCCCGCAGCACAUCCGCUCAUAUCUAAAGAGGAAAUUAAGUAUUUCCAGCACUACGGCACGAAGAUCAACAUAAGUGGGACAUCUUUCAAGAAAUCGGCGUGGCUCAAAUUGAUGAGGAGCGGGCCGGUGUGGGCACUCGUGGGUACCAGUGCGUUAGGCAGCUUCGGGUACUUCGCCUUCACGCUCCACCAGCCACUCUUCCUUCGCGAUGUGUUUGGGUUCUCCAUCCAGGAGAAUGGCAUCAUGUCCUCCCUGCCCUGGAGUCUGGAGGUGCCCGUGUCCGUGGCGACUGGGGUGGUGGUGGAUAUGUUGCGGCGGCGAGCAAUGCCCCUCACGACCAUCAAGAGGGUUUUCAACACGGCCGGCUUCCUGCUGGCCGGCCUGACACCCCUGGUGGUAGUGGAGGUUGGGUGUGGGUGGCGCUGGGUGGCUGCCGCAUUCCUCCUGGUGGUGGUGGUGGGCAACUGUACGGCUUUUGUGGGCGGCUACUACUACACGCCCGUAGAUUUAGCGCCGCCAUGGGCCGCCACUCUCGCCGGAGUUUCCAGCACCUUCAUCGGCCUCAAUGGACUCGUGGCACCAAUUGCUGUGGCUCACCUCACACCUACAGGGAGUCGUGAGGAGUGGCGGCAGGUUUUCUGGGUGAGUGGGGUGCUGUACCUGGCAGGGGCUAUUGUCUUCCUCAUCUGGGGGAGUGCCAAGCCCCUCCCAUGGAUCAACAAGUACUCACCCAAUGCUGAGGGGACAGACAGGCCUGACGUGCAGGAGCCUCCAUUUCAGAUGCAAGCCUUGGCACAACGUGCAGUGGUGGACAGGAGAGAUAUUGGCACAGCCACAGAGGAAGUCAGUGUUUUUCCUUUUCAUGAGAGAAAGACUGAAGUUCAAACACACCUUAUGCUUGGUUAUGAAGGGAGGUGGAGAAGCAAGAAGAAAACCAAGAAGAAAACAAAGAAAGAAGACAAGAGAAAAACCAUAUGGAAGAAGCAGGAGAAACAAGAAAAAGGAAGAAACCAUUGAAUGAGGAGGAGGAGGAGCAGGAGGAGGAGGAGGAGAGGCAGAAAGAGAAACAAGAAGAAAAAUGAAGAGGAGUUUGGUCUGUUGCUAUCCAUCUCCUGUGUUGAUAUUCA